AAUUUGAAAUUGAAAACAGAGUUCUGAACCAUGGAAACUUUUUUCAGGAACAAACAAGGUCUGUAUCUUUUGAUUUUUUUCUGUCUUUUGGGAACAAUGUGUAUGUCAAUUCACUAUUCUGUGCCUGAAGAAAAGAAAAGUGGAUCUCUGGUGGCUAAUGUGUUGAAGGAUUUGAAACUAGGAAUAGGGGACUUCUCUGCUCGCAGAGCCCAGCUGGUUUCCAAAAGUACUAAGCAAUAUUUCCACCUUGAUACCCACUCUGGGAAUUUGUUCAUAAAUGAUAAAAUAGACCGAGAAGCUCUUUGUGGCAAGACUGAGCCUUGCUUACUACUGUCUCAAAUUGUGUUGGACAAUCCCUUAGAGGUCUACAGUGUUGAACUUCAAAUACAAGAUGUGAAUGAUAAUUCCCCCAAAUUCUCUAAAACUGAAUUUGAGCUGGAAAUUCCUGAGAAUGUUCCUAUAAAUACGCGAUUCCCCUUGGAAUCUGCCCAAGAUGAGGACCUGGGAGAAAAUAGCAUCCAAAACUACACACUCAGCCCCAAUGAGCAUUUCUGGCUUGAUGUGCAAAGGAACAAGGACGGAAGGGAAAAUGUGGAUCUUGUUCUAGAGAGGCCACUAGACAGAGAAAAGGAGCCACACUUUGGACUGACUCUCACAGCCGUUGAUGGAGGGAUGCCACAGAGAACAGGCACAGUUCAAAUAAACAUUAAUGUUCUGGAUAUUAAUGAUAAUUCUCCUGAGUUUAUUCACUCUGAAUAUAUAGUAAGCUUAAAGGAAAACAGUCCUCGGGAUACCCUGGUCUGCAAAGUGGAAGCCAGAGAUUUAGAUUUUGGUUCAAAUGCGCAGAUCUCCUACUCAUUCCAUCGGAUGCAUGAAAAAAUAUACAAUUUGUUUCAUUUAAAUGAAAUUACUGGAGAAAUCAGUGUAUUGGGAGAGAUGGAUUAUGAAAAGGAAACCAGUUAUGACAUGAAUAUCAAAGCAACAGAUGGUGGGGGUCUUUCUGGGCACUGCAAGGUCCUAGUAGAGAUUGAGGAUGUGAAUGACAAUGCCCCAGAGGUAUCAGUCAUAUCCCUUGCAAACAUCAUACGAGAAGAUUCUCCACUGGACAAAGUGGUGGCCAUCUUCAGCAUCACAGACCAGGACUCUGGGGACAAUGGCAAAGCUGUCUGUUCCAUGGAGAUAAACCUUCCCUUUGUGUUAAAAGUCACUGUGAACAAUUAUUACCAGCUUGUGAUCCAAAGUCCCCUGGACAGAGAGAAAGUCCCCGAAUAUAAUAUUACUAUCACAGCCAUUGAUCGGGGCUCUCCCAGGCUCACUUCAACAAAAAUGAUUGAUGUUCACAUUUCAGAUGUCAAUGACAACCCUCCAGUAUUUCAAAAGCCUUUUUAUGAGAUGCAGAUUCAAGAAAACAAUAUUCCAGGUAUGCUAAUUGGCUCAGUCCAUGCUGUUGAUUUGGACAUGGAACAGAAUGCCAAAGUGACUUAUUCCCUGUUGCCUGGGAAGGUUGGUGAUGGUCCUGUCACCUCUUACGUCUCCAUCAGCUCUGAAACUGGAAAUGUGUAUGCCCUCAGGUCUCUGGAUUAUGAGCACAUAAAAGAUUUCCAAGUUACAGUGAGGGUGACAGAUGGCGGUUCUCCUCCACUGAGCUCAGAAGUUCUUAUCCAAAUCAGUGUUACAGACGAAAAUGACAAUGCUCCCUUCUUCCUCUAUCCCCUUCAGAACAGCACAACCACCUGCAAUGAGCUGAUGCCCAAGUCAGGGGAGGCUGGGUACCUGGUCACCAAGGUGGUGGCCGUGGAUGGCGAUUCUGGUCAAAACUCUUGGCUUUCAUAUGAACUGCUGAAGGCCACAGACCCCGGCCUCUUCAGCAUAGGAGCCCAGAAUGGAGAAGUGAAAACCAGGAGACCAUUGAAUGAGCGGGACACCAACAAACAGAGGCUUGUUAUUCUGGUCAGAGACAAUGGGCUCCCUCCACAGUCCAGCACUGUGACUCUCAACAUACUUCUGGUGGAUGGCUUCUCCGAUCCCUAUCUGAAGACGGUGGAUGUCAGUCAACAAGAACACGAAGAAGAUGAGACCUUGACCGUGUACUUGGUGAUCUGCCUGGCUGCAGUUUCAUUGGUGUUCCUGGUUUGUAUUAUCGCCUUUGUUAUCAUCAAAAUCUACAAGAAAGGUUCCAGAGAAACCUUUAUCCCUGCACCUCCUCCCUUCCCACCUACCAGACCUGAGUUCCCAGAGAAUUGUUCUGAUUCUCAGAGUGGGUCACUCUCCAGGACUUACCACUAUGAUGUUUGCUUGACUGGUGGAUCCUUAAGCAGCGAGUUCAGAUUUCUCAGGCCUCUCAUUCCUGUUUUUUCUGUGGGGGACCCCAACAUCCCUGUGCACCACAGGGCGUCUUCUGGUUCCCAAGAUAUUAUGCAGCAGGUUGACAAUAAAGAAUCAAAAGAACAGGUGAGAUGA